CCCCCCCUCGUCCUUCUCUUUUCUUCCCCUCUCUGAAACAAACAAACCUCCUCUCAUCCUCUUUCUCUCUCCUACGUGGCGUCCUCUGCGUUUUUUCUUGCUAUCUCUCUAAAAAAAAAGUUGCAUAUUUGUCUCCUAUGUGUUUGUGAGCAAAAUUGAGCUGAAGUUUUUGGUGAUUUUUCCAUUUGGUUGUUGUGAAAUUUGAGAUCGAAGAUUUUUGAAGUUUUUAGUUGUUGAUUCGAUGCCUUGCUCAUCGUCUACUAUGGUUACUCAAGAGGAGACUAGUGUUGCUCAAUCCGAUUCAGGAAAUAGGAAUUCAUCGGUUGCCGGAGCGCAGACCGGUGUAGGAGAAGGCCAAAUUCCUAAGAUUCGCAAGCCGUAUACUAUAACAAAGCAAAGGGAAAGAUGGACAGAAGAAGAGCAUAAGAAAUUCCUUGAAGCUCUAAAACUGUAUGGCCGAGCUUGGAGAAAGAUAGAGGAUCAUGUUGGAUCCAAAACGGCAGUCCAAAUCCGCAGCCAUGCUCAGAAGUUCUUUUCAAAGGUUGUUCGGGAAACAAAUAACAGUAAUGCAAAUUCAGUAGCUGAUCCCAUUGAGAUACCACCACCCCGUCCUAAGAGAAAGCCGUCACACCCAUACCCUCGGAAACUUGUACUUCCAUCCAGAAAAGACAUGCCAAUGGAGCAGGGAUCAAGAUCUGUAUCUCCAAACUCUUCACUCUCUGAGCAAGAGAAUCAGUCCCCUACUUCAGUUUUGUCUGCUGCCGCCUCGGAUAUGCUAGCAUCUGCAGAUUCAGCUGCACCCAAAAGCAGCCCAUCCCCUGUAUCUUCAGGCAAUUUUGGUGACCAAGUUGCAAAAUUGCAGUCUGAAGAUAAUGCACCUCAGGGGGAAGUGCAGGAGUCUAAAUCUGGAUCUACUGUUCCAGCUUCAGUGAAAUUGGAACUUUUUCCAGUUAAGGAGUCAGUUCACAAGGAAGAAUCAGCUUGCACAAAGGUCCUUAAACUAUUUGGAAAAGAUGUAGUAGUCCCAGGAAACCCGGAAUCAUUUACGAGCUUGAGCAAGUCUCCCUCAUUAGAUAUGGGGGAAGGAGUUCUCCAGGCAGGUCCAGAAGAUUUCCAGGCUGCCGAUAACUCAGUGAGAAUUGUUGGAAAUGCGCAGGAUCAUAUGAAAUUUUAUUAUGUGGAUAAAAAUGCAAACCAGGUAGAAAAACCGACACCUCUGCCAUGGUGGGUUUUCUUCAGAGGGAUGUCAGUUCCUCCAUUUGUGGAAACCCAAGAGAAGGAAACUCAGCGAGAGGGAUCUUCUGGAGAAUCAAAUAGCGAUUCAGUUAAUGGAGGAGAAACUCAGGAUAAGAAUUGGGAAACAGAAACGGAGUCUGGCCAAUGCGGUCCAGUGUCAGACAAAGAAAUUAAGUUUGUUGAGGAUUCACCCAGUUUGAUUGAGAAGAGAAGUAGCGUUGACAAGUGCAGAAAGGGAUUUGUUCCUUAUAAAAGAUGCCUUUCGGAGAGAGACAUGGAAUCGACCAUAGGCAGUGAAGAUAGAGAAAGUCAAAGAGUUCGACUUUGCUUGUAGCAACAUAUGACAUAUCCCCUAGUGAAGUUUCCUUAUUUAGAUUAGCUCAACAUUUAUAACUAUCCAGACUGAAAAACCCAGUUGAGAUUGGGAAUCAGUACAGUCAUAUACUUCCUAUGUAGUAAUUAUGGUUGCGGCAUGACUAUAAUACGAGGUUUGAUACGAGGUUUGAUCAUCUAACCACCUCCGAGGUGAGUGGCUGUAUAAAGUGGAUGGCCACUCAAAGGCUCCUCAAAAGUGAAAACGAGCUUGGUGGUUCUGCAUCUAAAACACUUUUUUUUUUCUUUUUAACUUGCUGGAUCUUUGACCUUUGUAUUUUUUUCUUCUAGUGUUCAGGUUUCCCACAGUUCCUAAUUUCCUAUUUUUUCUUUGGGAGAUUUGUAUUCUGGGUCUUGUAUUAUAGGGUCAUUGUUUCAUUUUUUCCCUUUCCUUUCCCUUGAUUGGGGUUUAUGAACUGUGAAUUAGUAUGAUAAUUGUUCAAAUAUUUUGUAUGAAAUCAUGAUUGUUACACAUAUAAAUGGUGGAUGGAUCUGAUAUUUUGGGUUGUGCCUCA